UCUCUCUCAAUCGAUCGAGAAAAAAGGAAAAAAAAAAAAGAAAAAAGAAAACAAAAAAGAGGAAGCAAAAGAGGAGGAGGAGGAGAAGAAGAAGGGGAAGCGAUGGCGAUGGCGAGUCUUGCGCGGCGGAGGGCCGGAGACCUCCUCCGCCCUGCGGCGGCGGCGGGGAGGAGCGGCGGCGCGUGCCGGAGCUUCGCGGCGGCGGCGGCGGAGGAGAACGACGUGGUGGUGAUCGGCGGGGGGCCGGGGGGGUACGUGGCGGCGAUCAAGGCGGCGCAGCUGGGGCUCAAGACGACGUGCAUCGAGAAGCGCGGAGCCCUCGGGGGCACGUGCCUCAACGUCGGAUGCAUCCCCUCCAAGGCUCUCCUUCAUUCCUCUCACAUGUACCAUGAAGCCAAGCAUGCCUUCCCAAGCCAUGGCGUCAAGUUCUCCCAGCUCGAGAUCGACCUGCCCGCCAUGAUGGCCCAGAAGGACAAAGCAGUAUCUGGCCUCACUCGCGGCAUAGAAGGCCUGUUCAAGAAGAACAAGGUCAACUAUGUCAAAGGUUCCGGAAAGUUCCUCUCCCCUUCGGAAGUUUCUGUAGACACACUCGACGGUGGCAACACCAUCGUCAAGGCCAAAAACGUCAUUAUUGCCACUGGUUCUGACGUCAAGCCCCUUCCUGGAAUCACUAUUGAUGAGAAAAAGAUUGUUUCGUCAACCGGUGCUUUAGCUUUAUCUGAAGUCCCAAAGAAGUUGGUUGUCAUCGGAGCCGGGUACAUCGGUUUAGAAAUGGGCUCGGUCUGGGGCCGGCUUGGUUCGGAAGUGACUGUAGUCGAGUUUGCCCCAGACAGUCCGUACACCGCCGGUCUAGGGUUAGACGCCAUCGGUGUCGAAACUGACAAGGCAGGAAGGAUCCUGGUCGAUCAUCACUUUAUGACUAACGUGAAGGGCGUGUAUGCCAUCGGGGAUGUGAUUCCGGGACCCAUGCUCGCACACAAAGCAGAAGAGGACGGCGUCGCGUGCGUCGAGUUCAUUGCGGGUAAAGAAGGCCACGUUGAUUACGAUAUGGUUCCGGGUGUUGUGUACACGCACCCCGAAGUGGCUUCCGUUGGAAAGACGGAGGAGCAGGUGAAGGCGCUGGGGGUUAGCUACCGGGUCGGGAAGUUUCCGUUCAUGGCAAAUAGCCGUGCAAAGGCAAUAGACGAUGCGGAAGGGUUGGUUAAGAUAGUGGCGGAGAAGGAGACGGAUAAGAUACUAGGAGUGCAUAUAAUGGCACCGAAUGCGGGAGAGCUUAUUCACGAGGCGGUUCUAGCGCUGCAGUACGGGGCUUCUAGCGAGGAUAUCGCGCGCACGUGCCACGCGCACCCGACCAUGAGCGAGGCCGUGAAGGAGGCCGCGAUGGCGACCUACGACAAGCCGAUCCAUAUAUAAAAAGGUCGUUUUGAACUCUUGUUUUCAUAUUUUUGGAAUAAUUUUUGUAUCUGUUAAAAACAGUAAAACUCUCUGAUUUCUCUCACCUUUUGUUGUUAUUGUUUCAAGUAGUUGUGGAUUGACGAUAUGACGCAUGAGUAUUUGCUCGUAUUAUUAUUUGCGUUUUAUUUACACCUCUGCGUGUUACGAUGCAACAAAAGCAGCUUCGGGAAUAAACUAUUUAGAGCACAUUCGUGUGGCGCCUUUUCUUGUAUAAA